AAGAACGCGGUUGAUGCAUAUAGAAUAAUGGCAUAUAUCAUAACGUACUCACUAUAAACAAACUCUCAAUAAUCUCUAUAUCCUGGUUUCAGGGGGCUGCUUUUGGGAGCUUCAAGCUCGGUGUUAUCCACCUCAAAUGUAUCCAAUUCUCCUGCCUCAUCCCCGAAAGGGUCCACAGGCGAUUGGGACUUGGAAUUGGCCUUGACAGACUGCAAUUCCACCUGACUUUCGUUAUCAUCAUCAAUUAUAAAAUUGUCAGCGUCGAAGUCGGCCGAGUUCAACUCCAAGUUGUUGCCGGACUCGUCGUCACCGAAAUCACCGAAUAUGAUUUCGUUAUAAUCCCCAUUGGGUUCAGAAUUACGGUGUUUGUGCAACCGAAUUUGCAUCUUAUGAUAGAUAAUAUACGUGGUAAGAGCCGAAGCAAGCCCAGUCACCAAGACGGUAACUCCGUCCACCACGCGUCGGGUGGUGGAGUUGGACUCAUCACCAAUGUCCUUGAGCUGAUGGCCCACAAAUAUAUGUGCAAACAAUUUAGGACUAGUUACAACCGAUGCAAGAAGGUAUGUGGAUGCUGACAACUCGGGAAUGGCUGCAAGAGCACCGUUUGACAACGAGUACGGCAAGGGACACAACCUGAUCAAAACAAGUAAUAAAAGACUAUUAUCUUGUCUGAUGGUCUCAGCAAACACCUUGAAAGUUUCAUUCGACUGGAGCAAUUGAUGGGACUUGUCCAGCAACAAGUGUCGGUACACGAGGAAUGAUACAAACGAACCGGUGAUGGAAGAAGUGGAAAGUAAUGCCCAUCCUGGGAUAAUGUCUAAGGUCAUCCCCGUUAAGAGGGAAAGUGAAGAAAACCCAAGUAAAGGAGGAAAUCCCACAAAGAACACCAAAGUGAAAAGAAGUAACGGGCCAUAUUUCCACUCGGCCAAUUUGUCUGACAACUCUAUGAGGAAUUUGAUGAUGUAUACAUGGAAUAUCGCCAAUGCACCCAUCAAAGCGACGGCAAUUAUUGCUGCAAAGGAAAUCAACACCUGCUUGAUCCGAUCCCCCACCGGUGGAUAUGCCCCUGGUUCGAUAGAAUGUCCUGACAAAGACCUUUUAAGAACGGCUGAUGGACUUUCAAGCGAAGAAUCCGAAUGGUUGGAACUGAGAAACCCCAUCACCAAAGAGCGGAUAACAGAGUUUUUGAGUGACGCCAACCUCACGGACUUUGAUGUAGACUCCUUCAUGAACGAGGUCAAUGACACCAUCAAGAUUGGGAUUGCCUUCAGUGGAGGAGGCUACCGGGCCAUGUUAAACGGUGCUGGACAGUUGCUCGCUCUUGAUGACAGAUAUGACCCUUCAAACGAGUAUGGAUUGGGCGGAAUCCUUCAGUCGGCCACGUAUUUGGUGGGACUUUCUGGUGGAAAUUGGCUUGUGGGAACGGUAGUGUUGAACAACUUCUCCAGUGUGGCCGACAUCAUGAAUGAUGAUAAGAUCUGGGAUUUGGAGGACUCCAUUAUUAACCCUGAUGGAUGGAACGUUAUCAAGGCCGCCGAGUAUUAUACUCAGAUCUACUCGGCGUUGGACGACAAAGAGGAUGCUGGUUAUGAUCGGUCCAUCACCGACAUUUGGGGUAGGGCCUUAUCGUACCAGUUUUUCCCCGACUACGAAGAGGCUGGUGUGGCCUUGUGUUUCUCCGAUAUUAGAAAUCUUUCCGACUUUAAAAGCCAUAAUAUGCCUUUCCCUAUUGUUGUUGCUGACGGCAGAACGCCUGGACUGACGAUUAUUUCGGGAAACUCGACGAUUUUUGAGUUUAAUGCUUUUGAAGUUGGCAGUUGGGAUCCUUCGCUCUAUCAGUUCAUGGACACCAAAUACUUGGGGACUGAAUUGAAGAAUGGAAAGCCUGUUGAUGGCACCUGUGUGGCCGGGUACGAUAAUGCUGGAUUUGUGAUUGGUACAUCUUCCUCCUUAUUCAACCAAUUUAUCUUGCAAUUGAGUUCGGCCAACUUGCCAUCGCUCAUUAAUGGAGUGAUUGAAAAAUUGUUGAAGUCGGUUAGUAGCGAUGAAGAUGACAUUGCUAUCUACGAACCCAAUCCUUUCUAUAAGCGUGAUAUUGGAACUAUCAGUCUGAUCUCCGAAAACGAAACGUUGUUCUUGGUGGAUGGAGGUGAGGAUCUUCAAAAUGUCCCAUUGCAGCCAUUGAUUCAGCCUGUUAGGGAAGUUGACGUGAUUUUUGCCUACGACAACUCGGCUGAUACUGACGAGUCCUGGCCAAAUGGAACCUCAUUGAUAUACACCUAUAAGAGACAAUUCUUGGAUCAAGGUAAUGGAACCCUUUUCCCAUAUGUUCCAGAUGCUGCUUCGUUCCGUAAUUUGAACUUGACAUCCAGACCAGCUUUCUUCGGAUGCGAUGCCUCCAACUUCUCCAGUUUAGCGUCGGAGGUGGGAUCAUCCGAACAAUACCCUCCAUUGGUGGUGUACACCGCCAACCGUCCCAUGUCUUACUGGUCCAACACUUCUACCUUCAAAUUAAGUUAUGAGUUGGACGAAAAGCUUGGGGUUAUCCAGAACGGGUUUGAAGUGGCCACUAGAGGCAAUUUGACAUUAGAUGAAGAUUUCAAGACUUGUAUUGCAUGUGCCAUCAUCAAGAGAGCCCAAGAUAGAUUAAACCAAGAACAAACUGAACAGUGUAAGAGGUGUUUCGAGACUUAUUGUUGGGAUGGAGCUUUUGUUGUUUUCGGCCUUUGUGUUGGUGUAAGGAAGGCAUAGACUCACCUAGAACUAGAUCUCGUAUGUAUGACAAUUUGUAAUAAUUCUUCGUGCAACUGUUUGUAUCGAACAGACAUGCCACCGAAAUAGUCAAUGAUAUCCGGCACCGCAAAAUUUGCAGGUACGACUGCGGCACAUUAAGGUUUGAAAUUGUGGCACCUGGACAAAAUCAUCAUUUAAACCCAAACUGUGAUCCUUCGAUGUCCUUGUUACUUGAAAAAAUGAGUAAAACGGCCUUGAUCGAAGUGGAUCGCUUUGUGUUCCUGGCCUUUGAUGCUGAUGUCAGCCAGAGAUUCAUUCAGUCUUCUCCGUAUACAGAAAAGGAACACUUUCUUGACUUAGAAACCCUCAGCUAUGAGCAUCGAGUCCUUGCUUUGGCACUACAAUCAUUCCAGGUUACAAGUGAGGAUUAUGCCACUGGUGGAUAUUUUGACUCCUUUAAUAUUGAAGAUGUGGUUCGUGAGGCGCGAGCCAUCGCUGCGAGGUUGGGGAAACCUUUGCAGCCAUUUUCGGUGUACAUAGUCGCAUUCAGGUCCAAGUUAUUUGAUAACGUAAGAGUAUCGGCCGAGAAACGAGCGACUCUUGGAGACAUCGAUAAAGAUUCCCAUUUGGAGGCCAAUAUCUCGGGAGGCCUUUUAAAGUACUUUUUUGGAGUCCCAGACCAAGACGGUAAUAACCUUGCAACAUGCUGGUGGGUAGAUAAGGAUUAUGCUCAAAGAGGUGGAGGCGGUAAGGCUCAUCGUAACGGUGUCAAAGUUGUUCGUAGUUGGUACCAAAAAUGGCAAAUAGAAGAAUACGUAUUGAAUGUGGCAGAAAGUUUAAUUAGUUUUGGACUGUACAAUUCGUAAUAGAUAUAUUUUUGAGGCUU